AUGAGGAAGAUUGUGAAUUGUCGGGUGAAGAGCCAGUAUCAAGAGCCAGUGGAAGUCAUCAACCUGGGUUCUAAAGAAGUCAGGAAAGAGGUGAAAAUAGGAGCAUCCCUUGUCGGGCAUGUACACUCUGAGUUGGUCAAGUUACUUCAUGAAUAUGUUGACGUCUUUGUCUGGUCUUAUAAAGAUAUGCCUAAGUUGGACACCAAUAUUGUUGAGCAUCACUUACCACUCAAUCUUGAACGUCCUCUGGUCAAGCAGAAACUCAGAAUUACCAGGCCCGACAUGACACUUAAAAUCAGAGAGGAGGUUAAGAAACAGUUUGAUGUUGGCUUCUUAGUUAUUUCUGAAUAUCCUCAGUGGGUCGCCAAUAUUGUCCCAAUUUCGAAGAAAGAUGGGAAGGUUAAGAUGGUACAACCAGAUAAGAUGUCUCCAGAUGAUAUGGAGAAGACAACUUUCAUCACGCUUUGGGCAACUUACUACUAUAAAGUCAUGCCAUUUGGUUUGAAGAAUGCAGAGGAAACAUAUCAGCGUGCCAUGGUAACCCUAUUUCAUGAUAUGAUUCAUAAAGAUAUUGAGGUUUAUAUGGACGAUAUGAUUUCCAAGUCCAAAACUGAAGACGGUCUUUUAGAUCAUUUGAGGAAUUUAUUUACCAGGCUUCGAAUGUUCAAAUUGCGGUUGAGUCCAGCAAAAUGCACCUUUGGGGUCCAAUAUGGUAAACUGUUGGGUUUUAUUGUGAGUCAUAAAAGCAUUGAGGUGGCAUUUGACAAGAUAAAAAAGUAUUUGCAAGAACCACUGAUCUUAAUACCACAUGUUCCUGGUAGACCUCGUAUUGUGUAUCUCACGGUACUAGAUGAAUCUAUGGGUUGUGUUUUGGGUCAGCAUGAUGACACGGGAAGAAAAGAACAUGCAAUAUACUAUUUGAGCAAGAAUUUCACUGAGCGUGAGACCAGAUACUCACUCUUGGAGAAAACUUAUUGUGCUCUGGCUUGGGCUGCUCGACGCCUGAGACAAUAUAUGUAUACAACCCAGAAAGCUAUAAAAGGGAGUGUUUUUUCUGACUACCUUGCUCACCAACCUAUGAAAGGUUAUCAACUGAUGAGGUUUGACUUUCUAGAUGAAGAUAUCCUAUUUAUCAGAGACUAUGUUAUUCUAGACUCUGAAGAAGGCCCCGAACCAGGAUCGCGAUGGACACUCAUGUUUGACGGUGCUUCUAAUGCUCGAGGUCAUAGAAUAGGCGCACUUGUUACUUCUCCAACUGGCUUUCAUCUUUCAUCUACUGCUAGAUUAUCCUUUGACUGCACCAACAACAUGGCAGAAUAUGAAGUGUGUAUCUACGAUAUUGAAGCAACCAUUAACUUGAGAAUUAAGAUUCUUGAAGUGUACGAAGAUUCCGCUCUGGUUAUCAAUCAGGUUAAAGGAUACUGGGAGACUCGUGAUAGUAAAUUGAUUCCUUACAGAGAGCAUAUCAUGAAGCUGAUUUGCUAUUUUGAUGAAAUCUCUUUUCAUCAUAUCCCAAGGGAAGAUAAUCAGUUGGAAAAUGCUCUAGCUACUCUGACAUCCAUGUUUAAAGUCAAGUGGAGAAAUGAAGCACAUGUUAUUCACAUUGACCACUUGGAUGAACCAUCACAAUGUCUAGUAAUUGAGGCGGAUUCUGAUGAUAAACCUUGGUUCUAUGACAUAAAAAGAUAUCUGGAAAAACAGGAAUAUCCCGAGGGUGUAUCCAUUACUGACAAGAAAGCUCUGAGAAGACUUUGUUCAAAGUUUUUCUUGAAUGGUGAUAUAUACAGUGACAAGAUCCAUAUGACACCAUCUCCAUUGAAUGUUUUGACUUCUCCUUUGCCCUUCUCUAUGUGGGGUAUUGAUAUGAUUGGAAUAAUAGAGCCGAGAGCUUCCAACGGCCAUCGAUUCAUUCUUGUUGUUAUUAAUUACAUCACCAAGUGGGUUGAAGUUGCUUCCUAUGCUAAUGUCACUCGACAAAUGGUUACCUGA